CGCCACGGUGGCAGAUUGAACUACAUGUCCCGGCGUGCCGUGCGCCGUGCGUGGCAGCGUGACCCGGAAGUGCCCGCACGUGUGGUGUGAUGGCUGCCUGCAGAGCGCUGUGGAGGGCUGCGGUGGGCCUGUCUCGCCCCCGGUGGGCACCGGCGAGGAGUUACGCCAAGAAAGCGGGUGAGGAGGGAAAGUCUCCCGUGAUAUUCUGUAUCCCGUGGUCUGACCGCCAUGCAUUGGCCGCUGGCCCCACUUUAGCCCUUCAAGGACCAAUGACAUCUCAGGCAGGUCAUGGGAGGGCAGCCUGAAAAUCCUAAAAUUAAAGAAUCCGGUCCGGGUGUGAGCAUGUGAGCAGCCCUGCGGGGGCAUACAAUAACACACACACACAGUAACACACAUACAGUAACACACACAUACAGUAACACACACAUACAGUAACACACACACAGUAACACACAUACAGUAACACACACAAUAAAACACAUACAGUAGCACACAUACAAUAAAACACAUACAGUAACACACAUACAAUAACACACAUACAAUAAAACACAUACAGUAGCACACAUACAGUAACACACAUGCAUACAGUAACACACAUACAAUAACACACAUACAGUAACACAAAACCUGUUUAUAAUUAUUUAAAACAGGUUUCCAUUUAAAAAAAAAAUAAAAAAACAUUCAACCUUGUUAUGUAAAUUUUAAUGUUUCUUAAACACAUUGUGUUAAUGUUUUAAAAAUUAAAUUUUAAUAUUGAAAACUUUCCACAAAAGAAUGUGAAAAAAAUAAAACGAACAAACUGUUUAAGUUAAAGACCACCCCCCCCAAAAAAAAAAAGAGAUAGAAAGGUGAAAGAAAGAAGAGGUUUAGUAAGAGAAUGCUAUGGUAACCAGUUAACUAACAAAAAAAAAAAAAACACAACUUUUAGGAAUGUCAGCCACAACAACUGUCCUACUACGCAUGUAAUCUUUAAUGUAAGGUUGACCUUGAAUGUAGGCCUACCUUUUAACUGUUAAUGUCUGUAUUUGUACAGGAUAUUAUGUUGACCAAUGGGAAAAAGUAAUAAAAACUAAACAGGGGGACAAACCUAUUUCAUUAAAAUAAAUUCUUAAUGCAUAACUAUACAAGCCCCACACCCCACACUUAAAUUGAUCUGUCAGUGCUCUUCCAGUUACAUGAUACCAAGGGCUUCCCUUGUAAAAGAGCUCAACAAGGAAGUCCGGUAUCGCCAAGAUGGCCAUGACCUCUCAAGCAUCCCAUUUACUACAGACCUAGAUGCUAUUUCCAUGCUCCUGGUAGAUGAGUGGCAGUGAUAAAAUGCAGUGCCAGGUGCCUCUGCAAUUUAAAGCCAGCGUGUGUUGUUCUAGAAUAGACUCCUUCGUCUUCAAAUGCAUGCUAACCAGUAUUGGUUAUUAUUUUUACAAUAAUUAGGGCCAAUGUCUUCUGCAGAGCGUUACAGUAUUAUAAGAGAGUGAGGCUAUUACAAAAUGUUACAGGAACUAUGGGUUCAUCAGGACUCAAAUUCUAAUUUAAAUCAUUUUUAAUUCUUCACUCAUUCAAUUACAAUAAUUGCAUCUCAACUUUACAUUAAAGCCAAUCAUUUUUUUUUCUUUCUUUCUAUUGGGGCAAUCAUCCUACAUGUUCCUUGUCACUGCUAGUCCACUCAGCUGAUCAUAGAUACUGAUAACAUUGUUAUGAAGGGGUAGCAAGUGAAUUUCUUCUUUUUUUAAUUUAUUUUCAGCCCUGUAUUAAGGCAGACCAGCCUGUCCUUAGUAUAUGUCCACUUCCUGUAUCCAUAAUAUCCAUUGAUUUAGUAAGCCACUCAUACUGUUCCUGCUACUGUCAUUACACUGUUGGAUGAGAAAUCACACACACCAGACAGCUCUAGCUAAGGGACUAGAAACAAGUCCUACUUUUUGCAGAGAAACUUCAUUGUUUAACCUGACAUACCUUUAUCAAGAGACAAAUUUGCUCUGUCUCAAGUAAUUAGAUGGUUUAUGCUGUUAGAGCUACACAAUUGUUUUGUGUCUAUUUUUUAUGUAUGGUUUAUGAAAGCAGAUCCGGAUUUAAUUGUUUUCCAAGAUUUUGGGGAUUUAAUAGAGUACUCUACACACCUUUGUCUGCAACAUUUAAUGCAACUCUGUGUUUAUCAAUCAUUGAUAUCUGCAUCUUUUCAACUAGAAGGGCACUGUGGACUGGCAAGUGGAAAUGACUCAUUUCAACUUUGGCGUGUAGAAUGUAGAAAGGAUGAGUGUUGGUCAUCUCUAAAUAAAUGCAGUCACAGUAUGUUUGUACAUGCCUCUUUGGAAAACAGUAGAACAGUACUUUGUACAUGUCUCUUUAAAAAAAAACCUAUCCUAAUGAAAGUUUCGCCUCAGGUCUGUUUAUGAUGAAUGUUGUAGUGUUAGAGAGGUAUACCUGAAAAUUACAUUGUUUUGACUUUUUUUUUCUUCCAGUUGUGAAGGGGAAGGGGAAAGGAAUUUCCAAAGAAGUUCUGAAAGGACCUGAAAUUUGCAAAGACCCAGCAAUCUUGACUACACAUGCUAUGGGGGUCAAUAUUUACAAAACUGGGCCAGAAGUGAAAUUAAAAGAUGACUCUGAAUAUCCUGAAUGGUGAGUUAGGUUUUAGAUGCUGACAUUUUUGUUAUUUCUGGAUAGAAAUAAGGAUUUGCUUAAAAAAACACUCCAGGCACCAUAACCACUACACCCCCCCCCCCACACACACACACUGUCCAGUUGUAAGGAAAACUGUCUUAGAACAAAGAUCAAUAUAAUUGCAUCCCAUCCCCUCCCCUCCGCCCCACCACUUCAUAUGGAGAGCUGGAAGUUCUUAAGCAUGAGUUUCAGUUAACUCUUGUGAGCUAACCUCUGCAGUGUAAGGCUAGCUCAUUGGAGAGUUUCAGCUGAUCACUCUUAGCCAAUGAGCUAAGCCAUAUAGAGAACUUCCGGCUUUUCGUAAGAAGUAUUGGAAGUUUUGAGUGGUGCCCAGCAAUUCCGAACCAGAAGUUAAACUGUUCUAAAAUGGUUUGAUAUUUUUUUUUUAUUUUUUUUUUAUUUUUUUUACAAUGGGCGGGAGGGGGCAGGACACUCCUGGCACCAUAACCACAAUAGCACAAAUUUGUGGUUAUGGUGCUUGGAUUUGUCCUUUUUAAGAUAUUACAGAUGGAAUUGUUUAAGAUGUUUUAGGUAUACUUACUAUUGUAUUCUAUAAUAUUCAGAGUAAUAUGCACACCAAAAUUAUAUUUUGUGAAUGUAUAAGGUUUAUAAAAAGGAGACCUAAGCCAUGGGGAUAUAUACUUGUCUAUAACAUAUGACACCCAACAUGGUGGGUUGAUGAAUUGGUCAUGUUUAGCCUUUAAUGUAGGGAACCUUGAGCAUAUUUUUUUUUUUUUUGGCUUUUGUUCACAUUAAAGGAACACUCCAGACACACAAAACGCUUCAAGAAAAAUCGAAAAAUGGACAGCACUCCAGGAUACAAGUGGUCUCAGUUUAUUAGAGCAUAAGCAACCUCAGUAGUGCAACGUUUAGUCUCCUUAGAGCCUUCAUCAUGCAUGAUUUAGGCUCUAAAGAGCCGAAAUGUUGCACUACUAAGGUUACUUACCCUCUAUAUAAACUGAGACCACUUGUAUACUGGAGUGCUGCCCGGUUUUCUAUUUUCUUGGUGCUGGGAUGGAUUAGUGGUGUCAGUUCUGUGGAGCGCCUCCUGGGAGAGCGGCCAGAUCGAUAGGCUGAACCAGAGUGCGGGGUCGUUUGUUUCCUGGUACAUUUCUUGCUAUCACAUUUGUGACCGUUUUUUAUAAAAGAACUUUUAUAAAACUUUGCUGAAAUGUCUCCCCAGUUAUGAGUUAGACCACUCGAGAGAUAUAUAUAUUUUUUUCUGCUUACAUUAGCUCCACAUAGCUAACGUAAGAGGCAGGUGCUCUGUCCCCCUACUCCAUGAGAUGUUUCAUAGCUCAUUGGGAAGCACAGGAAAACUGCGAUUGCAGGUGUGUGAGCGGUCACAGCUCAAGCACAAGAUGCUUCUCAAUAAGAAGCCACCAAUUGGAGUCUUCCCGGCACAGACUGAAAGUCUUUGUCUGAGAAAGAAGCAAUGGUCUGCAGAUUUUGCACAAUGUUUUUUUUGUUUGUUUUUUCAAAGAAAAUCUUCAUUAAAGAAAACAAUGUUUUCUUUGGGUGUUUACUAAAUUGUUCAACAAUAAUAAACCGUUCAUUGGAGCGUUCUUUUAACUUCUAUAGUUCUAGGGUAUGAUUUCCAGCACUGGUCUCUUAGUAAUUGUAUAUUCAAAUGCUCUUUAGUUGAAGUAAACCUGUUUUAAUAUUAUUAAUAGUUUUAGUGUAUCAUUACAUGCAUUUUGAUAUUUUCUUUCUGAUUUGAAAACACAGGUUAUUCCAGAUAGAUCUAGGACCACCGAAAACAUUGGAAGAGCUGAGUCCAGACACACCUCCGUAUUGGAGGCUGCUCCGCAAGUUGCACAUGUGGAGGAACAACAGACUUGCCAAGAACAAAAAAUUUUGAUUGGUAGACACGAGGUUUGAAAGACACUAUUCCGCUGUCAUCACUGGCACUUGCUGUUUUCUGCAGUGGGUCCUCCUGUCCUCUUUAGACGAACCCAAAUAAAUUAUUUUUUACUUUGCAAAUCAGGAAUUCUUGUGCAGUUAAUUUUUGGAUUGAACCUGGAAAUGUCUGAAAUAUGCCUAAACAAUUUGUGAUUGUGUGUAUGUUUUACGUUUUCUAUAAUUGUUCACAUGUUUAUUUAAAGUUCAAGAUUUGCGUGCCUCAAGACCUGGAAUGUCCCCUUGCUGUCUGUGGUGUGGGACCUACAUUGUACCCAUACCCCCUACUGUUUUACUGUUCAAGCUUAAUUAAUUCCACUGUGUUAAAGCUCAAUAGGGUGGGGUCACUAAUCUCCCCUCGUUUAGAGUCUACUUACUCUCGCACUGGUGACACAACUAUCUUGUAUCAUACUUAGCAUUGCCUGUUUUAGCAGGGUUUUUUUUCUUCCCCCAGUGAGUCUUGUAUGUGUGUCACUGCUCUGCCUUUUUCAAUGCAGCUGGUGACUGCAUUUAUGAUGAACACUUUGUAGCAAUUAGAAGAUCUUGUGUGACCAAGCAGAACUUGCCCCUUCUAAGUGACUGAUUGCAGAGCAGAUUGUUUGUGACAGAGCAGUUUGUUGUAUAGGAUGGUCUUUGUAUAGGGAGUGACCACAGUUUAAAUUUGCUGCAGGUUGCGGUAGGAGUGAGUUAAUAGUCAAGACAACGCUAAGUAAAAAAAACCAAAAACCUCAAAAUAAUUAAUGGAAUCGUAUUAAUAAGAUUUAAAAUAUGAGUAGAAAAUUGUGUAUACAAAAAUAUCAUGAUGUAUUUUUGACAUGCUGUUUAGAAUUAAAAGGAAACUGUGUCCUUUAUACUAUGUGUGACUUUUAUGGGGAAAAAAAAUAAAAAUUUAAAUUCUUGUCCAAAUUUACAAAGCUGUACUGAACAAUUUGAUUUGGGCCUUUAGCAAGGCAAGACCAUUGUUGGCAAUAACAUCAUUAAGAGAUCUAGAAUUAUUUUUACAAGGAAGAAUAUUUCAUUUCUAACAUAUAAUAAUAGAACUCUCGGAACUCAACUGAAGCAUAUUAUACCAACCCAAAAAUAAAAGGUUAACUAUUCAGUAUCUUGUUUUUUUCUUCAAUUAAAUCAUUCAAUUCAAUUAAAG